CCGGCUCGGCUCCUCCUCCUCCUCCUCCUCCCACUUUUUCCUUGUUUCGGCUGGCCUGCUGGAAUUUUGACCCGUUUCUUUCCCGACCAGGGAUCGCACAAGAGAGCCCUUUUCUGCUAGCAGCGGCGAGAGCAAAGACAGCCAUGGCUCAGGAGGACGCGGCGGCGGAAGCAGCAGCAGCAGCAGCCGGGGGCAGCCCCGAGAGCGCGGAAGCCGGCAGCCCGGGUCUGCUGCUGGAGAUCGUGAGCUCUCCGCUCAACCUGAGCCUGUUGGGCCUCUGCCUCUUUCUCCUCUACCAGAUAGUCCGGGGGGAUCGGCCCCGGGCCCAGCCCGACGGCGAGGAGGAGGAGCCGCCGCCGCCCAAGCUCAAGCGCCGCGACUUCACGCUUGCCGAACUGCGCCCCUUCGACGGCAUCCAGAACCCGCGCAUCCUCAUGGCCAUCAACGGGAAGGUCUUCGACGUCAGCCGCGGCAGAAAGUUCUACGGGCCCGAGGGCCCUUAUGGGAUUUUUGCUGGAAGGGAUGCAUCCAGAGGCCUUGCCACCUUCUGUCUGGAUAAAGAGGCUCUGAAGGAUGAAGAUGAUGACAUUUCUGAUCUUGAUGCCACACAGAGAGAGACCUUGAGCGACUGGGAACAACAAUUCACAUUUAAAUACCACUACGUAGGCAAGCUGUUGAAGGAUGGAGAAGAGCCCACUGUAUAUUCAGAUGAAGAAGAAACAAAAGAUGCUAAGGAUCGCAAGAACGAUUAGCAAACACAGUGGAGAACUUGAAAUUGUUAGGGGGGGUUUUAUAUAUGAAAAAUGAAAGGCUGUUUUCUCACAUUCCAGUUCCAUUUUACCAGUUUAAACAUCAGCUCUGAUUUUAGAAAUAGAAAGAAAAUUAACUAUAAUUAAAUACAUUUUAAACUGUAUUUGUAAUAUUGCCAAGUCAACCCUGAGCUUCUUAAAUCAAAGUUUCAUAAUCCAAUUUGCAAUGAAGCUACAACAGAACCCCAGAUCUUUGGUAAGCAAAGGGUGCAGUCACCCAAGCCUUGACCCUGUGCAGUUUCCAUUCAUUUAACAGUGCUUCCCAAAUGGCAGCAUACAAGUCCUGUUUGAGGGAUGUUGCACAGCAGUGGUGCUUGGUAGAUGGUGCCCAGUGAACAACAGGUAUAUGCUAAGACAGGAGUUUUCUCCCCUCCUUCUAUUCGAUAGGAAUUGAUGGGGAUAAAAAAAAAGUUUUCAUUUAAGUAUCCUGGACAAUUGCCAUCUACUCCUCCAUCACAACCCAUAUUUGAGCACCUCUGAAAUAAAUGAUGUCUACUGCAAGUUGCGUCUUUGGCAGUCUGUGUGGUUCACUUAGAAUCCAGAUCAUUGUGGUAGGGACUAUAAGGUUUAUUCAUCAUGUAUUAUACAAAUAUGGUGUUGCAAUUUUUAAAAUAUUUCUUUUAAAAGAUUCGAAAUAGACAUUUGCACCCAAGACUACAACAGAGGUGGCAAACUAGAUUGAUUAAAAAAAACCCUAUUCUGCUUGAAGAAGUUAAAUACUUGCUGUCAUUCAGAGCCACGUAAUCUAACCUGGCGCUUACUUCAUUUAUUUUUUAACAUAAACCUUCCAACUGGUGUAUGACCAGUGUGGAGUGAACAGCUAAAACACCCUAUGUGUGACUUGGGUAUACUUGGAGAAGCCCCAUGGAAUUCAGUAGUUUUACAUGUAGAUAAAUGUGCAAAAUCUUCCAGCCAUAAAAGCCAGUUUGCUAAAGUUAACCCUUAAAUGGUCUCUCACAUUCACAAGCUCCUCUUAGAAGUGACACUUGAAGGCAGAUUACAAGGAGGUUUGCUUGUCAGUAGCUUGAAGCUCAUAAUAGCUGAGGAAAGUCUCAAAGCAGGAGGCUGCUAGGCUUAAGCACAACACGUGCCUGUGCUAGAUCAGACAACUUGCAUCAGAUUUCAUUAGAAUGGUCUGGAGCAAGCUGGAUCAAUGCACACUGGACCAACAAAGAUCCACCAAGACAGCAUCUAACAAACUGUGUGGCAGGGCAAGUGAAGCAAUAGCUUCAAGAGUUGCAGAAGGAGUAAUGUUUUCCUUGCUGACAACUGGUUAGGCAGCGGAACAAGUUUCUGUAUGUUGUGGAGCCUGGAUAGCCAUAGUUAAUAUAUGGUUUAAAAUUUGGGUCAGUGGAGCCUGUACUGUGAAGUUCCUUGGAAGCUCACCAAUAGACCAUGAUGACAAGAAAUGUUUAAGGAGACAAGCUUCAACCAAGAUAGCUUGUUCGUCAUUACUGUACACCUGCAUGGCACUGUUAAUUCAUGUGAUGCCCAUCAGGCCUAACCAGUGCUUCAUGUGAGGUGAAUGUACCAUAGAACUUUUGCAACAUCAGAACGUAAAUGAAGUUGGGAAUGGUUCUACCAAGGGUAAGUGGCUUGAACCACACAUCUAUUUAAAGAAUUCUAACAAUGGAGAUGGUAUUAAGGUUGCUGUACCAAUAUGGUUAUUUUUUUACAUCUUAGUGAAUCCUCUCUUCUGUUCCCCACCUCUUUACACAAAGCAGUAAGUGGACUAUCUUUGAAUCUCCAGUAUCAAAAACACAAAGUGGAAUUUGAUUAUUCCCAGACAUUAAUACAAUAUUUUGCUGUGGAGAGUGUUUUACUUGUUGGUAACACUAAGCCUUAAAUAGUUGGCUGAAGUGUUAUGACCUACCUCUGGUAAUUUUAGGCUAAUUCAUAGUAAGCUAAAUGAUCUUUAAUGUUGCUGCUGUAUCUUGUUUUUUCAAUUCAGAAACAAGAAAUGUGUACUUGGUUUUUAAAAAGGCAAAAAAUAAAAUCUUCCUAGAAAGGUUA